UAAUUCGUGUAUGUAUGUGUAUUAAUAGUUGACGAAUAGCAGAACAUCAACUUAUUACAUAAUGCGCCACUAGCAUACAUAUACCUAUCCACCCUCUCUCUCUCUCUCUCUCUCUACCUUUUUCUCUCUCUCUCUCUCACACACACACACUCACUCAAAUCACCAUGAGAAUUCAAGACCAGUGAUAUCAGCAGAUUUUGAAGAAAGAAAAAAAAAACCAUCACCACCCACCAUGAAAACCCUCUUCAAAUUCAUGCUUCUACUUACAAUCAUCUUUGCAGCAGAAUCAUCCACGUCACCAUGCAAUAGUACAGACCGAGUUUUUCUAGCCAAAGCAUUCGCCUCCGUCUCCGGUUUCAACAUUUCCUGGUUUUCCGACAACCACCACUCUCUAACAACAACAACCAACUGCUCAAACCCACCAAUCUCUGUAAUAAACCUCUCAUCAAGAAACCUAACCGGAACAAUCUCAUGGAAAUUCCUCAAAAACAUGACCGAGCUUCGUACACUAGAUCUCUCCAACAACUCCCUCACCGGCCCCGUUUCUCCGCUCAUAUGGUUCCUCCCCAGCCUCGCCGAAAUCAACCUCUCCAGGAACCGGCUCGGCGGCGCCGUCGGCCUUCCUAAACCGGGUUCGCUGUUCAAACAACCCGCCUCGCCGGUUCGGAAGAUCAAUCUUUCAUUUAAUAGGUUCAAGAACUUCACUUACUUUUCAAGCUUUCCUAAUCUCAACUAUCUUAAUCUCUCACACAACGAUUUCCAUACCAUCUUUCCCUCUUGGUUCACCAACUUAACUAACAGUCUUGAAUCUCUAGAUAUUUCCGGCUGCAAUGUUUCCGGGAAUUUAAAGCCGAUUUCCGGUAUUCAAUUCUUGAAAUACUUAGAUGUUUCGAACAAUCAUUUCACUGGCAAUUUUCCUGCUGAUUUCCCACCGUUGGUUAAUCUCAAGUUCUUGAACAUCUCGUUCAAUAACUUCUCUGGGUUUUUGGACACAAAAAAAGUUCAAAAAUUUGGUGAAUCUGCGUUUAUUCAUGCCGGAAAUUUAAUCAAUUUGAACAACACAACCACCACACCUGACCUACACAUCAAACCUCGUACACCUAGUACUCCUCCACCCCACAAACCGCCGCCCAAAAACACAGAAAUAAACCUUAAACCCAUCGAGGAAAAGAAACCCAAAUCAUCAAAAUUCAGAAAAAAUCUAAUCUUGGCCACAUCUUUAGCGUCGUCUUUUCUAGUACUGGCGAUGAUCGGUGUCUUGAUAUUCUGCAUGUGCAAGAAGAGAAAAGCGGCGAGAAAGAACAAAUGGUCAAUCUCGAAGCCAAUCGGGCAAAUCCCAUUCCGGGUCGAGAAAUCCGGCCCGUUUUCGUUCGAGACCGAGUCCGGUUCGUCGUGGGUGGCCGACAUCAAAGAGCCCACUUCAGCUCCGGUGGUGAUGUUCGAGAAGCCAUUGAUGAACUUCACGUUCAAGGACCUGAUAGCCGCCACGUCACACUUCGGCAAGGAAUCACUGCUAGCGGAGGGGAGGUGUGGGCCCCUCUACAGAGCCGUGCUGCCUGGAGAUAUCCACGUGGCGAUCAAGGUCCUGGAGAACGCGAGGAGGCUGAGCCAUGAUGAAGCUGUGGCCAUGUUCGAAGACUUUUCAGGGCUCAAACACCCAAAUUUGCUGCCUGUUUCUGGAUACUGUAUUGCAGGUAAGGAAAAGUUGGUGUUGUACGAGUUUAUGGCCAACGGCGACCUCCACCGGUGGCUGCAUGAACUCCCGACGGGGGCGCCGAACGUGGAGGACUGGAGCACCGACACGUGGGAGAUCCGAAACAACGGGGCCCACAGCGCCUCGCCGGAGAAGAUGGAGUGGCACACGCGCCACCGCAUCGCCGUCGGGGUGGCGCGUGGGAUGGCCUACCUCCACCACGCACGGUCGAAGCCUGUGGUGCACGGCCACUUAGUGGCGUCCAAUAUCUUAUUGGCGGACGACUUCGAGCCACGUGUCACUGAUUUCGCGCUGAGUCGGGAGGACCGAGUUGGUGGGUCCACCGAGGAUGACGUGUACAACUUUGGUGUCGUGUUGGUGGAGUUGCUGACUGGUCAAUCCGGUUCCAGCGAGACCGUUGACUGGGCGAGAAAAUUGGUGAAGGAUGGGCAAGCGGAGAACGCGCUCGACUCGAGGCUGAGGAGCGGCGGCGACUCGGUGAGUGAGAUGGUGGAGUGCCUCCGAGUUGGGUACUUGUGCACGGCGGAGAUGCCGGGGAAGAGGCCCACAAUGCAGCAAGUCCUGGGUUUGUUAAAAGACAUACAUCCGAGUCACAAUUUUAUAUAGUUAGUGGAGUUAUUAAUUUUAAUUUUAUCCUUUUCUUUUUCUUUCAAAUGUUACCAAAAUUUAUUAAAGGUGUGUCAUGUGUGUAUAAGACAAGGAAAAAAAAGAUUCCCCACUUAUCCAACACUUGUUGUCUAUUAACCCAUCAUUUACGUCUUUGCAUGUGAUUUUUUCUUCUGUCUUUAAUGAAUUUCUUUUGCUUUGUU